AUGAAAGCUGUUGGAAGAGAUUAUAUUGACAAUUCUGUGAAAACACCAUUUGAACAAUUAAUACGUGAUAUGGAGAGAAAUAAUACUAAUAUUAUUUAUAAAAUUAAAUCUGAUAUUUAUCAUAUCCAUUUAGAAACUAUUUCAACUAGUCAUCCUUUUUUUCAUUGUUCUAAUUAUAUUAAAAUCACUAUAGAAGAACGUGUUGGUGAUGAACUUAUGAGAUUUAUUCUGGCUGCUGGGAAACAAGCAUUUCCUCAAUCUAUAAUAUUUGUUGAAACAAUAGAAAUUAUAAUUGGUACAGGACCACAUGGAAAGAUGUUUAUUUCUGAAGGAAAUAGAAAUGGUUUGAGUUAUAGUUCAUUAAAAGAAUUUGAAGAAAUGAUGUAUGGUAUUGGAAAUGAAUUAGAAUAUGAAACAAUACAUAAAUAUUAUAUAAAUAGCCCACCAUUAAAUGAUAAUAAAAUGUGUUAUUGUAGAGGAUUAAAUUAUUUUGAUAAAAUAUGUCUUGAGGCAUAUGUAUCAAAUACUGAUGAAUUCUUAUUUACUAGUUCAUCACAAUGGAAAAUUAUAAUUGAUGGAGAAACUGAAAUACCUCCUAUGUACUAUACUAAAUUUCAACAAAUUAGAAAUAUGUUAUCUGAAGCUAAUAAAAGAGAUAUUAAAGAAAUAUAUUUACAUAAAAAAUAUCAUACAAAACUAAGUUUUAUUUCAUUUUUAUGUGAAAAAUUUGAUUUUGAAGAAAUUAAAAGAGAAAAGAUGAUUCCAUAUAAUUCUAUAUUUUCAUUAUAUUGUCAAUAUGCAGUUUAUCAUUGUCAUGACUUAUUAGAACAUAGAAAUCUUUAUCAUAAUUUUGUAGAAAUAAUAAAAGAGUAUAUAACUAUAAAUCAUAUUUAUGGAUGUGGUUCAUUACCAAAGAAAGAAUAUCCAAAAAUUUAUAAUAUUCUUUGUGCUAUUAAUUAUAUAUUAGAAAUUAGUAAUAACCAAAUUGAACGUGACAAUGAUGAAUUACUUGAAAUUGGAUUUGCUUUUUCACAACCAAGUGAAAAAGAUUUACAAAUAAUUCUUGUUAAAGACACUCGAUAUUUUCUUACUCUUCAUCAACAAAAUCAUCCUACUUUAGAACAAUUUUUAGACUGGUAUAAAAUUAUGAGAAAACAAUAUAAUGAAACUCAUCCAAGUCCUUUUUUAAAUAGAACCAUAUAUUCUGAUGAUGUUUUAGCAAGAUAUUUUGAAGUAUGUCAAGGAAAUUUAAUGGAUGUUAUUCCUCAUCAUUUUAUUGAUGUUCAAGAAGAAUUAGAAAAGUUAUUAAAUGUACUUGAAUCUAUUUCUCCUCAACAAUAUUUCUUUGAUUAUCUUCAAACUUUACUUAUUACAACUCCUUUAUUAUUAACACAUUCAAAUACUGUUUUUAAUCCAUCUUUAAUUUGUCAUUCAUAUUUUAAUAGAGAGGCGUGUGAUCUUUCAUAUGACAUUAGAAGAGAAUUAGAAAGAAAUAUUAUUAGUGACAAUAAUUUAGAAGAAGCAUUUAAUAUUAGUAAUAGUGAAAGUAAUAAAUCAUUAAGUCAUAUGUUAGAAUGGUUUAAUUCAUUUGAAAAAAGGUAUUUUGCCUUUAUUGAUAUAGAGAAACGAUUACCUAAUUUUGAUAUAGUUAAUAUAAUUAAUAAAUUAUUCCAAAUGAAGUCAAGUGAUGAACAUUAUAUUCAUUAUGAAAUAAAAAUAUCAUUGAGUGAAGGAAUAGAAUUAUUUACAAAUUUAGGAUGGACACCAGAGAAACUUCCAAAUGAAUUAGAAUGGACAAUUCAUUAUCAAAAUGAUAUUAGAAAUGAAAAAGCUUAUUAUAUUAAAAAUCAAAAAGAAGUUCGUUUUUCACUUGAAUGGAUUGAUUAA